AUGGUAUCCGACGAGCUUGCCCCGCUGCAGACACACGUGGAGGCACAGAUCAAGCAUCUAGCGGCGGUCGCUGGUGUCGUCCGUGAGCUCCAAUCGGCCGAAGAGCAGUACGGCAGGACGUACGUAGGGCUCCCAUUCGAAGUACUCAAGUCAACGAUACAGCGAAUUCCACAACUGCAAGGAGUCAGUCAAGGCUUCGGCAACUUCGUUCAAAAGUGCUCCGAGAUUAAGACCAAUGUCGCUCAGGAUCUGAUGAAUCAAGUUAUCGCUCCUCUUGAAGCGUUCACUGCCGACCACGUCGAGAAGGCUCAGCAUCUUCUCUCGGAGCUGUACGAACUCCUGCAGAAAGAAAAGGCCUUCGACCUGGCGUAUCAGAACCUCCGUGAAGGCUGUAAUGACGGUGAAACCUCACAGGAGACGAGUGAUGAAAGCGAACUCCAACUGCAUCGGAUGCAUCGGGAUCAGCUCCUCCACAAGCGAGAUACCGAACGCCUUGCGAUUCAGCAGUGGAUCACAGCGCUUCACUUCUCCGGACAGCGAUACGAGGCACACGUUCGUGACGUACUGCAUCAGACUCGCGCCGUAUACGAGCGUAUGAUCUCUUCCUUGACAGCUCUGAUCAGUCAGUUGCAAGAGCAGCUAAACCAGGAUGCUGGAACAGCUAGGACAAUUAAUACUGGCGACAAGUCUAGUGCAGUGUCCGAUGAGUCCUGGGAGACGUUUCUGGAAGAAUAUGACUGUCACGUGGCGAUCACGGGCUGGAUGAGCGAACUAUUCAGACAAUUAAUUCCACUCGAACAGACAGCGGCAAAGGCCCUACACAAAGCUGUGAAACUGGACCGAGCUUCGAGCAAAACUUUCGGUGGCAUGGGGCUUAACUGCCAACUAUCUGGUCUGAUCGAAUUUCAUGGUCUGUUGACGGUGAAUAUCGCCAACCCCAUCUUGCGGACGCUCAAGUUCACGAAAGAGCGUCAAGAACGGAUGAGAAACGAGCUGUCAAAGUCGUUGGAGGAGACGCGAACUCUCGUUGUUGCAGCUCGAGCUCAGUUAGAUGCGCGUGUUUUAAAAGACGAUGCGGAGGAAAAGGACCCAGUUCGAUGUGACAGCUUGACGUCGUCGGAAACGUCGGACUGCAGUUUGGAAGAGAGCAAUGAGGAGAACGAGAACUCGUGCAACAGUGCUCCAAACGAAGAAGAAAACACACCAGAGCAGAUGCAGGUAGAGAAGUUGAGGAGGAAAUUAGCGCUGCAAAAGCAGGAAAUGACUCGUGUGUUGGAGCAGACCUCGUUCUUGGCAGUCAAGACGAUGGAGUUGAUGGUGCAGGACUAUGUGAAGCAUGUAUCCAAGGCGCUUGCUGCUUUAAGUGAGGCCAUUCGUGUAGAACAUCCAGAGACUCAAAGAAGUUCACGUGUGUCGUCGUCACCACGGCCAUGGGAGGACAUAACUGAGCGAUUGUCAAUUGCAGUGUCCGAUAAGCCUGGAGUACCGGUCGCUGAGAUGUCAGACAACCAACAAAAGCCCAAGGACGACACGGCUAAUAGGCGAGUACGCCGGACCGAUUGCAAGAAUGCACGUAGCAACAGAGAGCCUUCAGGUGUCCAAGUUUUGUUGAGUUUCGUCCAGUCUGUGGUUGGAGCAGCUUGGUGGGCAGCUUCCCUUUGUUUCAGGAUCGCUAAAGCUCCCAUGCCACACUCGUUUGGAGAACGUGCCGUGCUUGUGAUUAUUACGGUGGCGAUUCUCACCCUGACAGGUAUUUGCGUCAAGUCCCAUCAGCUCCAAUACUCAUGGAGCAACUUGACUGAUACGCAGCACUCGAAUUCGCAGGACCUCGUGCAGAUCGUGAAGCUGGCAACGGAGGUUUGCACGCAGCAACUGACGCAGUGA